GCUCCGGUCUUAUUAAUUUUUAAUGGAAAAUGGCUGCGUUUCUUAUCCAAACCUCUGGAGCUGGGAAAUAAAAACCCGUCCAGCUGAACCAUCUCGUUAAGUUAACACCGAAACAACCAGAUGUGGUGAUUAAACGCCAGCUAGCCGAUGUCCUGUUGUGCGAACAUAUUUGGGAAAAUGGAUCGCCUAACGCUUUGAGGGAUGAAAGAUCAUUUUUCUCCUUAACCCUUUCUGCUCCAAGAUCUGCGAACAAUCGAGCAGAAGAUGAUGCGCCAGGUGACAAGCAGUGACUUCUGCAUGAAUAGCAGGCCGUCAUGCCUUGCAGAGGACGGCCACCACCCUGCCUCCCACUUUGAACUGUGCACCACCCAGUCCAACAAGUUCUACCCUCCUCCCCCUCCGUCGGCCCUCCAGAUGACGCUGGCCCCCAUGGUCUUACCUGCCCAGAGCCACAAACCCAUGGUGUGCCAGAGACAGGAAGUGCUUGGGGGUGACCCUCGCUCACCUGGAAAAAUCUCUGGCAUUAAAAGCACUGAUCAAGCGGCGGAUGACGGCAAGAAGAAGAACAAGGCUGUUGGGAAGACAGGCAGACGCGGGAGGCCUUUGGGAACCACCAAGCUAGCCGGAUACAGAACCAGCACGGGGCGACCCCUCGGCACCACCAGAGCUGCUGGGUUCAAGACGAGCCCGGGAAGGCCGCUGGGUACAACCAGAGCGGCGGGGUACAAGGUCAGCCCCGGACGGCCUCCUGGCAGCAUCAAGGGCCUCUCUCGCCUCAACAAACUGGCUUAUGGUAGCACCUGUAGCGGGGCGGCUUUCCCCUAUCCGCUACCACACAAGGAAAUCCUUUGUGAACCUUCCUGCAAAGAGAAGACAGCGAAUGAGUAAAGGCUCUGCUCCUUUUCUUCUCACCCUUCAUCAGCUGAAUAAGAGACGCAUGUGUACAGGUUUCCUGCCAGAUACUGGGGGGGAUUGUAAUCUUUCCCAGUCUGCUGUGAGGCUGAGAGGAGGAGAUUUUCUAUUCUUCGUGUUGGUGUCAUCCGUGUGCCUGCCACCUGAUAUGAUCCAUAGUUCACUACACAUUGCUGUGUCUGUUUUCUUGGGGAAAAAAUCAUACCAGAUGUUUAUUGAGCAAGCAAGCUUUUAUCUUACUAACAACUGUAGUGGUAAGUCAUGACAAGUUUAAUUUUCAGUGUGCUUCAUGUAGAGUUUUAACACAAUUGAAUGAUCAAAACAUUCUUUUAAAAAUGUUUAAUCACUGUAAACAAAGGAGACAAACAUGAGAAGAUUGAUAGCCACAAUUGUGUGAAAUCUGUUGGGCUGCUUUACAGUCAAUUUUUACUUUGUAUUUUCAUCACAGUACAGUUUGAAGUUCAUAUUAGCUAAUGUCGUUGGAUAUUCGCUCCUGUUCUUGCUCUUUAAACAAACACAUGUAAAGCAAGAAAGGAGGAAAGAGAGGGACAAGGAGCAACAUUGUCUUUGCAACAGGAAGGUUUUUUGGAAAUGUGGUCUUUCAUUUAAAAAUCUAAAUGCUAUAUGCAUCACCUUUUAAGUGUCACAUUUGUAAAAUGGGAGGCAUCUCACUCUGGAUUCAAACUCUUUAUUUGAGUGUCUGCUUUUCAGAAGAUUCAGAGGCACUUCAAAGAUAGACAUACAGAUAAUCCUCCAGCCUAACAGCACCCCAAAACUGAAAUCCAAUUAAUCCAACUUUUUCCACUCGGCUCCAGAAUCAAGACUAAAAAACAUGACUCCUGCUAAUAAUGACUUACUGUUCACUCUCUAAAUGUCACCUUGCGAAAUGCCUUCAUAUUUUUUGCAUGCAAAUGUCAUCAAAGCAAUGGAGUCAACUUACAGAUUGUUGUGAGAAAUAACACUGUUAUAUUACACAUGUUAAGUUUUUUUUACUAAAAGUAUAAAACUAAGAAAAUGCAUAAACAUUGCCAGCAACUCAGAUCACCUCCUGCUUUUCUUAUAACCUGCUAAAAAUUGGUUAAUGUGGACAGUGGUUGCCUUGUUGUUUGGAUGAACAGUGUUUGUAUGUUCUGCUUGGUACUGGAUCGCUCUUCAUUACAGUAGCGUUUGAGCUAGUUCAUCUCUGCGACUAGACAGUUCAAAACCCCUGCUCGCUGGUGGUGUCACUGUAGAAAUGGGAUAUUUGAUGACUCCUGGUGGAAAUGAUUUCUCUACUCCGGUUUUUGUCAGCUUGCAGGUGUCAUUGAAAAAGUUUAAAUACCUCAAAAUCAUUCAUGUUUAAUUUGGUCUCAACACAAAGCAGCUGAAGAAGAACUUUGCUUAAAUUAAAUACGGCCUUAAAAUAGCAACAUUUUGAUUUAAAUCAGGAAAUAUCUGAUCAAAGAAAAAGUAGUAAUUGCAACUUUUGAUACCUAACAGUUUUUGAUUCUCGUUGCUACAGACAGACAGCUACAUUUUGUUCAGUUCUCAAAAAGUAAUGAAUCGCGACACCCAGCCCUCAUCUUGUCAUCCUAUAAUGUCUCUUGGCAUUAUUUCUAAAGUUGAUUUUGUGGUUAGCAUCAAAUCUGACCAAAAUUUUAGAUUUUUGUUUUAAUGUCCCAACUCCUACAACAAAAUCUGGCCUAAUCAGGUCAGUUUUGUGCCUUUGUGACUGUUUUAAUACAUACAUAUAUAGAUAUUUAUAUAUCUAUAUAUUUAUGGAGAGCGAGAGAGAGAGAGUACAUUUGAUUACUUUAAAAGGGACACCUUGUAAUAUUGUCUUGUCACAUUUUAGGGGAAGUCUGUCACCCAAAGAAUUACUAUGUUUCUUUUGUGUUAUCCAUCAAAACCACUUGUUGCAUUAUUUGGUGUAAACAAGGAUACUUUCAAGUACAAAUAAAGAUAUAUUUUGCAGUAAUGUUACAUUUGUCUCAAAAGAAUGAGCAGAUUGAUAUUCAAAAUAUCAUCUAAUCUGUAACAUGAAUGUGUUGCUGAAUGCACUGACUAUGAUUAAUAUGGCAGUUUACAUUGUAGUUCUAAAUUUUUUUACACAAACUAUCUUUUAAAAAAACAUUUCUUUAAUGUGAUAUUUGUGUGACAGACAUUUACCCAACUAAAUCGUCAAAUAUCUCAUUUGUAUUCUUGCUCACAGAUAAAAAAAAAAGUUAAUAUACAUGUUUUAAUUUGCUUUUUAAUGCUGAAUCAUGAGCAUCAUAAACAGAUGAGACCAUCACUGAGAAGACUGUCAGCCACUGCUGGCCUCUUCUCUGCGUUUUUACACUGUGAAGCACCAGGUUAUAUUUGGGUUGUAUCAGAAGCAGAGGGAAGGAGUGAACAGGCAAUGAAAAAAUCACUUCCAUCACAUUCAUGGCCUUAAAUAAAUCUGAAGAGAAAAGAACAAAUAAUAGCCACAUUUGUAGAACCUUAUGGAGGACUUACAACCACUAUCACAGGUGUGAGACAGACUACAAAUCAUCUCAAUCAUGGUCUCAUUUGUUUACAAAGAUCACACAAAGGUGUAAGAAUUUAAGAAUUAUGUAUUGAUGUUCUAAUUUCUACAUCGUAAAGUAAUGGUAUGGCUUAUCAAGUUGAGUUCAACAAUGGCAAACAAAUCAUGUCUGUUUUCUAUGUUGCUAUUUAUUAUGUUGUUUUAGGUACAUUACCAUAGCCCUGCAGAACACUUGAACCUGACUGUUGGGGAAGCUGGUGUUUUUUCGUGAAAUGCUAAUGUAAAAUAAUUUUGUUCAAACAGGCUUAAGACAGAAAUGAAAGAUGCAGUAGUUUUAUUUGUUUAAUAUUUGUCAUUUCACAACAUGCUUAAUGCACCGUAAAUGGAGUCGAUCACACAUAGUCAAAUAUUAUUUUGAUCCAAAAUAACUGAUAUUUGGCUACUUGUCACUGUAGUGUAUUCAAGUUUUUAUUAUUUGAUAUUGAAGUCUUAAAUCUCUCCCUGAUGAACGUUCAGUUUUUUGUAUUAUUCACAUUUCAAAUCAUGAGAGUGGAGAAAUAGUAUAGCUUCACUGAGUUGCUGUCUCACGUGACAAAAUUUAAAAUAGUUACAUUUGGUGCAAUAAUCUGUUGUAUGUAUUGUUCGGUGAAAACUUUGAUACUAUCACUUUUUAUUAUGGUUGUAUUUUUAUACUUGUGUACAAGGCCUUCUGUCACUUGUUUUGUUGAUGUGUGUGGUGUUAACAGAGGUUACUGAAAUGUCACAUACGAACAUCCUUUUCACCCUCCUUUACCAAAGAAUAUGAUGUUAUCUAACUGUAGGCAUUUAUGCUAUUUGAUUUUAACAAUAUUCCAACAUCUCACAAAAUAAACUUAGCAUAAAAGUUACUGUGUAAAAUGUAAACAAAAAAGCACUUGGAGACCACUAUCCCAUAAAAGAUAGUAUGUUUGUUUGGAUUAGUAAAAAACCUUUAAAUUGUCACAUCUGAAGAGAUUAAAAUGUCAGUUUCUUGAAUGCAUUGUAAAUUGCUAUACAUUGAUGGUGUAAACUUAGUUCCUUACAUUUCAUUGUAUUUAUAUCCAUCUAUUAUUCUACUUUGAAAGUAGUUCUCUUUUUAUAUACAACUCUUAUGUAGCCAUGUUUUAACUGAUAAUGUUUUGUUGAGCUUAUGGCUGGCAUGAUGCCUGGCUGUCUCACGUUCUGAAGUUUGUGUUUUGUUUUGGCUUUAGAUGCAGAUGGUGAGGUGGAGCCUGAUGGGAUAAACAUGCUGGCAGGAUGCACUGUUAGCUUUUUCACAGGAGACAAUUUGACAUGUCACAGUAGGAAAAGCACAGGUGUAAAUAAUAAAAUGAAUGAUGGCUCAAUUCCAUUUAGCUGCAUCAGAUUCAGGGUUGUGCAUGCUGGCUCACUGUCACACUGUCACGGAUUACUGGGACACUUUGAAUAGACCGUUAAUGUAACUAGUAACACCUGUGCUUCUCCUUCUAUGACAAGUCAAAAUGUCUGCUGUGAAAAGCUGAAACAUCUUUUGGGUUUUUUUGGUCCAUAUUCUUGGCUAACUGAGUAUCUACUCUUUUCUUUUAACAAUCUUAAAAAAAACGAUUCUUUUGUCAACAGCUACAGCUCCCGUGAGGCUUUGACAGUGUGCUAGUGGAACAGUGGCUAGCCUCUCUACCACUAACUUCUAUAAAUCCAUGCAAUCUCUCACUGAAGGUUUCUUUCAUCAGUGGUUCUUGUUCCAUACUCUAAGAUAAAUGGGAAUUCCCACCAAGGUCUUGGGCUUGUGGGAAAUGGUUUUUGGUAAAGGCAGCUAAAAACAGAACUAAUAAACAAUAAUAUUAGAUUGUUUAAAAAAUAUAAAUUAUCUAGACAUAUGGAGUGAACCACAUCCUGUUGAGCAAGGUUGUGUUGCAAGGUCUCUAUCUUUAAUACUUUGUGUUACUACAAAUGGGAUUCUGCUUGAGGUUUUCUUACCUCUGGAACAGAACACAGAAGUUUCGGUUCCACCUUCUUCAGUGGGAUAUGUUGUUAUUGUUGUUGUUGUUAAAUGCUAACAAACCCGUUCUUAGCACUUGUUCAGUUGUCUCAAUUAAUAUUAAGAGUUGUACAAAGUUUACUAUCUAGUACAAUAGUAGUAGAUAUUCAUUUAGCUUAGAAUAUGGACAGAAAACCCCGGGAACAUGUUUGAGCUUUUUAUAAAUACUGAUGAAAGAAAACCCAUUGAGUUACAAAUGUUAAUGGAACAGAGGCCAGCUAGGACAGGGGGAGUGGGACUUCUAAAUGCCAUCUGAUGGUAUGUUUAGACUAGGAUUAGAGAUGACUCGGGUUAACUAAGUGUUUGACAUGGUUAAGAUUCGGGUAAGAAUUUUAAGCAGGACUUCCUUCUCCAUAGGACUGCCUGAACAUCACAACAAUUCUGUGUCAUAUUAUCUCAGAUAUUUGGCUUUCUGCACUGUUAACAGACUUAUUCUAAAUGGUAAACAUCAAAGACCUUGAAAUGAUAACAGUGUGAUGACUGAUGUAUUUGCCAGCAUUUUAGGUGUAAUCUCGGAGCACUCUGAAGGAGAGUGUACAUCUGUUUCACUAUGUAGCUUUGAGUUCUUAUCUAAAAUACUUUGUUAAAUGUAUGGACAAGGUGUAAGAACCUAUAUGUUACAAAUUUCCUUCCUUAAUUUUUUUUACUUGAUGGAAGGCACUGACAGUUUGGAUCGUGAGCCUCUAAGGAGGAUGUCACAGAAGGGUUAAGGAAUGAUAAUGGAAGGUGGAUUAACUAAAAUAGAUUUAACAACAAGAUUAAUUUAUUGACAUUCCUGUAAUUUUAAGCUUUAAUAUUUCAAUUAAAUCAGUGCUGACACAAAGCACAGGAAUUGAAAGUUUAUGUUGCUUUUUCCAUUUUUGUUUUUUGAGUGAUUUUUCUCUCUCACAGUCUCAGCAUUAAAUCAACACGUGGUCUGUUGUCUGUAGAUAAUGAUUUCAAAAAAUAUUACCUCACAUUUUGAGUGUUUUUGAGAAGACGUGAAGCCCAGUUAUUCCUACAGUGUGAUUGGCGAAGCCUGUAAAGCUUUGUAUUAUUCCCAUUUUAUUCCUGCAUGAUUGUUGUGGAAUGUUCAAAAGUUGUGUAAUAAAUCUGAAAGUAACAAAUUCUGCUGAAA